ACGGACGCCGGCGGCGGCGCGGGGCGUGCGGGAGCAGCUCAACGGGCAGGUGGGCAGUGGAUGGGCGGAUUCCAGCACGGAGGAUUUGCAGGAGAAGAUAGAGCAGAUGGGAGUGUGAUGUCACUCAGGACAGACUGCAGAGCUCCCCUCGGCGCCUGGUCUCACUGGGCUGCCUCACUGCUCCCUUUGCCCUGGGAUCCAUCCUGCCUCGCCAUCUCUCAGCUUCCCGACACACAUCAGCAGUGCUGAGGCCGGCAUAGAGGAAGAGCAGAAAGCUCGGCGCCGUUUGCUCCUUGGUACCUGGGAUGCUGAGACCGUGGUGAGAUGCUCGAGUGCCGUGACCUCCGUGUGACUGUGAACUUCGGGGCAGACGCAGCCGUUCUGCUGCGCCCCACAUCCUCCUCCUCACUCCUCUUCCUGCUGAGAUGCGUCCCCGGCACCCAGCUGCACCCAGCAGCGGCCCAGAGCACCCCAGCACCCUCCAGUCCUGCUCGUUCUCUCCGCCUCCGGUCUGAUCGCCCGUGUCAUUUCUCUCUAACCCGCCUUUGGUCCCAGUGUGGCUGCACGUGACCACAUGCUCCCAGGACCAGGACUGGCCCUGCCCCACACUCGUGGCUCUCUCGGCUGGACCCCUGCCCUCUGGCACUGCUCCAGCGGCGGCCUCUCAGCACCCACGGCUUCUGGGCUCGAGUCUGGCCCCGCCCCAGCCCCGCCCACUAGCCUGCCCCCCUUGCUCUUCCCUUCGGACGCCCGCGCCUGUGCUGGAGGCGCUGCCCGUGGUUCCGGGCUGCUGUGUCCUCUCCACACGGGGACACAGGGACUGUGCAGUGAGCACCGAGGGCAGGGCCUCAGCUCUCGCAGAUGACGGCACGCGGCCACGGUGGGGUCGUGGACCCAAGGCAGCACCGAGGACUUCAAGAGCUUUCGUCACUGGCAGAGAAGGGGCAAACGCUCCUGGGCCCCGUCAGAGCGUCCAAGUUCAUCGUGGGCGACGGGGGCCGUGAGAGCGAGCUGGUCCGGUCAGCGCGGAGGCUGCUGGGCGCCCUGGACCUCAGCAGCGCGGCGGGCCAGCUGCUGCGGGAGGCGGUGGAGGCGCAGCACGGCACGCACCACGCGGGCACCAGCACGCUGCUGCUCCUCGUGGGCGCCUGGAGCCGCGCGGCCCAGGAGUGCCUGCAGCUGGGGGUGCCCAGCCCCGUGCUGGUGGCCGCCAUGUCCGAGGGCCUGAGCGCCUGCCUCCGGGCCGUGACCGCCCUGCAGGUGCCUCUGCACGGCCUGCCCUCUCGGGGCCCCUUUCUGCAGGAUGAGACCCGCGGCCCAGGGGCUGCGGGGCCGCAGCAGACCACGGCUCGCCCUCCCGAGACACCUGUCGAGCCCCGCCCCACCACCAGAGCCCAAGCGGCGGCCGGGGAGGGGCGCCCGCUCGCAGAGACCCGCCCACGGCCGUUGGCACUGACCCACAGCAGGCACUUUGCUCGGGCACGAGGGCUUCCAAGGGAGCAGGACGCCACCAUCCCCCGGACGCUCCCCCGGGAGGGCCCGCCUGAGGCAGCCUGGGUGCCCGGGGCCGGUCCCGGGGUGCCCUGCUGUGAGGGCCCCGCGGGCCUGGCGGAGCUCGAGGCGGGCCUGAGUCACGGGGACCCGGGCAGCAUGCAGCUGGUGGGCGUGGUGGCACGCUGGCAGUGGCGCAGUGCCCGCGCACAGCCAGGCAGCAGCCUUGACUCCUGCAGCCUGGACCUCUCCAGAGUCUUCACCUGCUGCUUCCCAGGCUUUCCAGAAUCUUCUUCUUGUGUCUGCCCAGGGCUCGUCAUGGCCGUGCCGUCGUCUCACAUGGCUCUGGUGGCGGCACUGCAGGCCCAGCCCGUCCGGGUGGUCCUGCUGGAGGGGGACCUCAGCGCGAGUUACCGCCACCCUGGGCUCCGUGGGCCGGUGUGCCCCGUGGUGGCCAGCGUGGAGGGCCCGCAGGCCAGCCCGGGGGAGCUGUGGCUGGAGCGUGUCCUGCAGGUGCUGGCCCAGUUCAGCGUGAACCUGGUCCUGGCCCGGGGGCGUGUGUGCCCACAGCUGCGGGAGCGCUGCAUGCACAGCGGCUGCCUGGCCCUCGGCUCCGUCAGUGGCCGCGCCAUGCAGGCCCUGGCUGAGGCCUCGGGGGCGGUGCCCCUGGCCUACGUCACACAGCUGGAGGAGCACUGUGUGGGCACGGGGCUGCGUGUGGCCGUCGGGGAAGGCCUGCCCCGGGAGGCCGCGGAGAGGACGGGCAGGGCGGCCAUCACACUGUGGGCAGAGGGGAGCCCCUUGGUCACGGCCGUGCUGGCCAGCCCCGUGGCCGCCCAGCUGCCAGCCAGGGAGGACGGGUUCUGGGUGUGCGCCCACCGCCUGAGCCAGGCGCUGCGGGACGGCCGGGUCUUCCUGGGGGGCGGUGCCGUGGAGCUGCUCUGCCUCUGCCAGCUGCACACGCUGGCCGGGACACCCCCCGGGGGGGAGGGCCAGGCCCGCCCGCCCUGGCUGGCCUCCGCCCUGGCCCUCCACAGACCCACGGUGCUCCAGGGCCUGUCCCGUGGCUGGGACAGGUACCUGUGUGCCCUCUCUGUCAACAGCGCCAGGCACGCCACGGAGCUGGACGCCAGCACCUGCACGCAGGGCUGGGUGCAGCAGGCCCUGGCCUCCGGCUCCCCUGCCGCCUACGUCAUGAGGAUGUGGGAGCAGCUGGGCUUCGGGGCGGUGGGCGUGGGCCGGGCCCUCAGGGCGUACGACGUGGUCACCCCUAAGGUGGAGGCGUGGCGCCGGGCGCUGGACUUGGUGUUGCUGGUCCUUCAGACAGACUGCGAGGUCAUCACUGGACUCGAACCCACCCAGAUAAGUUCCCAGGACUCUGGAGAACUGUUGUUUUUGUAGCGUCCAUCUCCGGAGAGUGACCUGUGCUCUGUCCUGCCAAUAAAUGCCUCAAGCCGGUCCCUGCGGGAGCCGGCUGCUGCCCACCCGGGUCCCUGCCGUCCGUCUCUGGUGGGAGCUGGCACACACUCCCCUUCCUCCUCCACACAGGCGGGAGCUUCUGAAGGGUGCUUGGUGCUGGGAGGAGGCGCGUAGCCACGGGGGCCCCAGCUCGGCUCGUCCUGCCUGGGGGCUCUCAGGUGGGGACUCAGAAUGUGGGGCUCACGGCUUGCGUGGGGAGUGUUUGCUCGGGAGAUUUUGCCUGGUUGACCUGGUGCUCGUGGCACAGCCAGAGAGCUCACAGGUCUCGCCAGUGUCCAGUUGGCCCUGAAGUGUCCUGCGUGUGCCCCAGGGACAGUCGACCCGUUUUAGCUCCGCUGACUAAAUGAUCAGGAUUCGGAGCCGAGCGGAUGGAGGACCCACAGGGAGCAUUCCCGCCUCACUCUGAUGUCACAGGCUGGGCCCACAGGUCCUCCCUGCAGACCGGCCCCACUGACAGACUCCCUGGAACCGGGCCGGGUCCCACAGCCCCGCCCACCCUGCAUGCACCAGAGGGCUGCGGGCACCAAGGCCUGGGCCUUGCUCAGCAUGAUCCCGUUGCUGUGUGCAGGUGUG